AUGUAUUCCCAGCGCCAGGCGCCGCCGCAGCUGAAGCGCUCCUAUUCGGGGGAUAGCCAAAGCAGUUAUGCCAGCCGUGCGACAACUGCCUCGACUGCCAGCUCGAAAUUGCUUUUUGGUGAGAUACCGCUUUCGCCCGCGACCACGCAAGAUGGACGAUCGGUGCGAUCUUACGGAUCAGUAUGCAACCUCGUGCUGUCAACCAGUUCAGUCUUCCUCCGAUUCUGGCUGAAUGACAAAUGUCGCGACAACAUGCUGGAGCAGAUGGAAACAGACGACCUAGCCAACCUCCGUCUUGUAUGCCAUGAUAUGUCAACCCGCGCUGCGCCUCUUCUCUUCGAUUCAGUCACCACCACCUUCAAGUCAUCAACCUUUACCAAGCCCGCGCGCAUUGAAGCCCUUUCCCGGAUCGGACGCCAUGUCAAGACGUUUACUUUCCACAUGCCACAUACUCCCGAGACCUUUUUACCGCCAGUCAUUGACCCAGAGACCGGAGCCGAGCUAGAUUUCGUGUACGAGCCGCAGGUUCAAAACCCGCAAAAUGGUCCCGCGAAAGACAAGACACCAAAGUACGGAACCUGGGAAAUGCAAGACGUGCUUGUUAAGCAGUAUCCUCCUCUAUUCCACGCAGCAACAAACGUCCCGUCCUUUGUUUCCGCUUUCUCCGAGCUCAUUAACCUUACGCACCUGAAAAUCUCGUGCCCCGACUCGAACAAUCAGAUUCGACACCGCCGGACCGUGGUCGACUAUGCGCUCAUCUCCAUUCGAAUCGCCGUUGAACGCGCACCAUUGUACAGCCUGACUGCCUUGUCGAUGCACCCAAUCCACGCCGGAGGUCUUCUUUAUCUUCACCCCAUGCACGGCUUCGGAAGCACACCAUCAUCCGCUAAGCGCUGGACGCAAAUCCGAAGGCUGUCUAUCUGCAUGGAAUCCAUUCCGUUUGCAACCUCUUCGGGCAAAAUGCGCGCGCAGUCGAUCGAACACCUGCGAAUCCUGCACGCCUAUUUACGAACAUUGUCACGUGGUGUCACGCGACUACACUUCCGAUGGAAGGGCGAGCGCGGUCCAUCCCCCUUGUCACUGGAGAAGGAGCCCUGUAUGCAGCCUGUUGAGGACGAGAUGACCCACCCAACCAUGCGCGGUGAGAUCAAGGGGCCAAAGCCUCUUCGAUUCACCCGUCUCCGCUGCAUGGAGCUGGAAAACGCUGUCAUGGACUCCGCCCAGAUCUCCAACUUCAUCGAAACACACCGCCGCACCCUCAUUGAUUUCAACUUCGAAGACGUGAAGCUCCGCGAGGGCAGCUGGGACGAUGCUCUCCAACCCCUCACCGUCAUCACCGGCAGCGACCGCUGGAAGAAGACCCAAGAAGAGGUCAUGGACGUUCCUAUCAUGCUCUCCCCUAUCGACACCGAGCCACGCAUCAUGGGGCCCCUCAUGGAAGAAGUCGACGCGGCCAUCGAAGACGCGAGCAAAGACCGUGGCGGCCACACGCUGUCGCGGUGGCUUAGCAAGCCUAACCAGAAACUCAAGAAGAGCCCUGCAAUUGGCUCGCCCUGCCAUAACAAGAAGGACAGCUUCUUCGACGCAGACCACAUGAAGCGCUUCCUGCGCAUCUCAUCGUGGAAAUAG